AUUCACGAUGUGGAAAAGCCUUUUCUUAACUAUGCUGACUCUGGCGCUGGUCAAGUCCCAGGACACCGAAGAAACCAUCACGUACACGCAAUGCACUGAUGGAUAUGAGUGGGACCCUAUACGUCAGCAAUGCAAAGAUAUUGAUGAAUGUGACAUUGUCCCAGAUGCUUGCAAAGGUGGAAUGAAAUGUGUCAACCACUAUGGAGGAUACCUCUGCCUUCCUAAAACAGCCCAAAUUAUUGUCAAUAAUGAACAACCUCAGCAAGAAACACCAGCAGCUGAAGCAUCCUCAGGUGCAACCACUGGGGGUGUUUCUGCCAGUAGCAUGGCAGCCAGCGGAGUGGUGCCUGGGGGUGGUUUUGUGGCCAGUGCUGCUGCAGUCGUAGGCCCUGAAGUGCAGACUGGCCGAAAUAACUUUGUCAUGCGGCGGAACCCAGCUGACCCUCAGCGCAUUCCCUCCAACCCUUCCCCCCGGAUCCAGUGUCCAGCAGGCUAUGAGCAGAGCGAGCAUAACUUGUGUCAAGACAUCGACGAGUGCGCUGCAGGGACACACAACUGCAGAGCGGACCAAGUGUGCCUCAAUCUGCGGGGCUCCUUCGCGUGUCAGUGCCUUCCAGGGUACCAGAAGCGGGGGGAGCAGUGUGUAGACAUAGAUGAAUGUGCUGUGCCUCCAUAUUGCCACCAAAGAUGUGUGAACACACCAGGCUCAUUUUAUUGCCAGUGCAGCCCGGGGUUUCAGUUGGCAGCAAACAACUACACCUGCGUAGAUAUUAAUGAGUGUGAUGCCAGCAACCAGUGCGCUCAGCAGUGCUACAACAUCCUCGGCUCAUUCAUCUGCCAGUGUAACCAAGGCUAUGAACUAAGCAGCGACAGGCUCAACUGCGAAGACAUUGAUGAAUGCAGAACCUCAAACUACCUGUGUCAGUACCAAUGUGUCAAUGAACCUGGGAAGUUCUCGUGUAUGUGCCCACAGGGAUACCAAGAAGUGAGAAGAACGUGUCAAGAUAUAAAUGAAUGUGAGACCACCAACGAAUGCCGAGAGGAUGAAAUAUGUUGGAAUUAUCAUGGUGGCUUCCGUUGUUACCCGCGAAAUCCUUGUCAAGAUCCCUACAUUCUAACCUCAGAGAGCCGAUGUAUAUGCCCAGUCUCAAAUGCUAUGUGCCGAGAGCUGCCCCAGUCCAUAAUCUACAAAUACAUGAACAUCAGAUCUGACAGGUCGGCACCAUCAGACAUCUUCCAGAUACAUGCCACAAAUGUCUUUGCCAACUCCAUCAACACUUUUCGGAUUAAAUCUGGAAAUGAAAAUGGAGAGUUCUACCUACGACAAAUAAGUGCUGUAAGUGCAACACUUGUGCUGGUGAAGUCACUGUCGGGACCAAGGGAGUACAUCGUGGACCUGGAGAUGCUGUCAGUCAGCAGUAUGGGGACCUACCGCGCAAGCUCCGUGUUAAGAUUGACAAUAAUAGUGGGGCCAUUUUCAUUUUAGCUUUCGUAAGAGUCUACCACAGGCAUUUAAACCAUCCAAAGAAUAUUGUUACUUUAAAACACUAUUUUAUUUAUAGAUAUAUCUAGUAUAUCUACAUUUAUAUACUGUACACACACCCAUAAUUCAAACAAUUACGCAAUGGUAUAAAGUGGGCAUUUAAUCUGUAAAGAUUCAAACUUUGUCUUUAUUACUAUGUGUAAAUUAGACAUUAAUCCACUAAACUGGUCUUCUUCAAGACAGUUAAGCAUGCAUAAUCAAGUGAAACUUGGAUACUUUCUUGUAAAAAUGGAACCAAGCAAUGGUGCUCUUCCGUGGUGCUUAGGGAAGCUGACUAAAGCUCCACUGAUGGCCUUCCAAGGAAGCAGCCACCAUGACAUUGAGACAUAUGCAAGGGUGAGAAUGAGUUUUUAACUGCUUUGUAAGCAAAUGGAAAAUGUCAAUGUAUAUAUAUAUAUUGACAUAUAUAUAAAUGUCAAUAUAUAUAUAAAGAUAUAUUUCUUUAGAAAAUGAAAAGCUACCAUAUUUAUAAUCAUCUUUAUUUUCAUGAGUCUAAAGGUGGUUUCUGUAGGUAUUUUAAAUUGUAAGUAUUAAAACACAAUAAAUAAAAUUUUCCAAAAUGAACCAGGUAUCCCCCAGAAAAGUAUUCUAUUAAGAAACCUAUGGGGAAGAAAUAAGAAAAAACCAUUUUCUAAACCACUUUAGAGUUGACCUGAAGAAGUAAAUUCAGUAAAUACAGUAACAUCCUUCGAGUUGGAAUUUCUCCAAGAGGCAGAGCAAAGUGGGAAAUGACUAUUUCACUGGAUAAGUUUAAUUUCUAAAUAAAAUUAAAAUUUUAUUACUUCACUAAUUUAUAAGUAAAAGUUUUCAUCUUUAUACUUGAUGCUCAUAGAGGAAGAAAAUUAUGAUGGUUUUUAUUCCUGGCAUUCAGAGUGACAGUGAGCUAAAGCAAAUCUCUCCAUUCCAAUUCUAUGAAAACAUGUUAUAUCUUCUUAUUUGUUUAAAAUGUAAUUGAUUCACUUUAGUGUGUCAUUUUUUAAAUAAAAACAUUCUUUUUAAAAGAUCA